UAUUUUUGAUGGUAACAUCGAAGCAGGCCCACCUCUAAUUGUAUUAGUCUGUUUAUGUGAGGAAAAUAGAAAAAAAUAGAGUUAUAAAAAGAACAGGAUAAGUGUUAUAAUCACGAAAAAUCAUGUCAAAAUCCAGCGCAGCACGAUGGGUGAAAUUUUUCAAUGCCGGAGGAAUUCCAUCGCCAGCUGCGGCAAGCUAUGCUCAUAUAUUUGUGGAGAAUCGCAUACAGGAAGACAUGCUACUUGAUCUAAAUAAAGAGUAUCUACGCGAAAUGGGCAUCACACCUAUGGGCGACAUUAUUGCCAUAUUGCGUCACUCUAAACAAGUGAGCGACCAACAUGCCCUAGACAAAGUUCUAAUACCGGAAACACCGUUGUCCAAGCCGAAGGCCAAAAGCAGUGUUACCAUAGCUUCCAAAGCACCAAGCGGCAAGUCUUCAUCUGCCGUAAGCAUCCCUUCAACAGGUACAGCCACACCACCAACUAAACCUGCACGUCGUGUACUUCCUGAGCAUGAGGGCAAAUAUAAGGUGACUCUACCGUCUGGAACAACAGAGCGCAGCAAACAAAUUUUGGCCAAGAGGGAACAGUCAGUAUAUUCAGAUCGUGUCAGCAGCACAAAGAAAUCGGAUGUGUUUGCGCGAUUGCACAAGACUAAAUGUGAUGAUGAUUCUCAGGAGGGCAUUGUAUCCAGCAGCGGCGAAAGUAAUGUUCGUGUCCACGUCACUGGAGCACAUAAAACAACUCCGAAAGUAGCUGCGACCUCUAGCAAUAAUUCGGUAUUUGCACGGCUUGGCGGAAAGCAAUCCUUCGAUGCAGUACAACAGAACACAGGACUUGCCAAGGAAAUUAAAUCAAUUUUAAAGAAUACUCAAGGCAAUCUAAACAGACACUCUUCGGCUAUAGUCAAGGCUAAGAACACGUCCACACCUGUCAACCGUCUGCCACAGCAAAAGGUAAUGCUGGUGCACAAGGUACCAUUGAAACGCGGUGAUGAUAGCGACGAGAGCAUGGAUGAUGACGAAGAUGACGAACUAGAUAGUGUAAUGAGUGGCGAUGUAAGCGAUGCUGAAUGUCAAGAUGUGACAAUUCCCACUGAGAAAAUUGUCAAGUUUGCUUCUACAGCAGAGGUACGAGAAAUUGCCCCUCACGCGUCCUACAAGUCACGUGGUAAUAGCAACUUUGCACGCAAUAUAAAAUCUCGAUUGGGGAUAGUUUCCAAGUUGCAUGCCGUACGCAAGACAUACAAUCUUAAAGCUUCUCCGCCCAAGAAAGCAGGAGCCCGUCUUAGUCCUGUUAAGGGAAAAGCAAUACGCAUGCGUAGUGAUGAACUACUCACACGACAGGACACUCUGCCUGUCCACAAGCGCCUGGGCAACACAGCAACUGCACCUGCCAAAUUAGCACCACUUCAGCGUGCCCAGCAGCGUGAGCAAAAGCCCAAUUAUUCGGCACCCCGACGUCACUCAAGCAUGAAUGCAGGAUCGAGGCCACGGUCUCAGCCAAAUUCUGUAUUCGAUAGACUCGGAUUCAAUAACUCUCUGUAGACUUGUAAGUCAAACCUUAGUAAAUGUUUAAGAGUUCUGUUUAGUUCGGUUUAAAAUUAAAGACAUAUUUGAAAUCAA